AACUGAGUGAAUCAGUCACUUGCGAGCUUUAGAACAUGUAUAAUCUCGGGCUGUGUGUGUUGGUCGCUGUGGUCACCGUGGUCGCUGCCAACGACCUCACGGUGGGCUCCCAGGGUGGGAAGAAGAUUCACGACGAAAACCUUCAAGCCAGUCCAGCGAUCUGGAGACAAGACAAAAAUGUCACCUUCAACGCUACUGAGGGACAUCUCAUUUCACGCGUGAUUAUAACUGACCUUAGGCCGCAGAAAGAUGGAGAAGCUAAAAUCGUGGACGGAGGCGAGGGACAUAAAAAUGUCACUAUUGAGUUGAAGAGCCCCGCCGUGUUCCGCGGCUUCGAGUUCAACGUGCAAGUGUACGCCACGCCCGACAACAACCAACAAUCCGUUUCCGUGCAGCAACAGACAUCAACACAAACUCCUCAAGUACCCACACAGGAGCCGAAGGAGCCUAUUCCCGCAAUCGGUGAUGCCUCUGACAACAAACAACAAUCAGUUUCUCUUGACCAACAGACAACACAACAAACACCUCAAGUACCUACUCAAGAGCCAAAACUUCCCAUUUUUGUUUCCAAUGCUUCUGACGACAUACAACAAACUGCCUCCGACCAACAACAGACACAGGACCCGAAGGAGGACAAAUUAAGGAAAACAAGAAAAACUGAAGAAAAAGACAAACAGAAUGUUAGUCCGCAAGUGUUUGUGAGCGAGCCCACGCCAGCGCCCACACAGGUGCAGAAAGAAAACGAUCAGAAAAUCAACAUCCCCGUGAACCUUGGAAAAGAGGUUACAUCAACAACAAAGCCAGCCGAACCUGCCCAAAAGAAAGAGGAGGUUACGACGUCAACACCGAAGUCAGCCGAACCCGGCCUUAAGGAAGAAUCCGACGUCGUCGAUCCGGUUGUCAUUCACAUGCAACCCACACACUUGAACAGCACUGAGAAGGUCGCACCCACAGCUGCCACCCAACAACAAGCACCUAAGGAGGGAUCACUGGACCUGCAAUUCAGAGACUUUCGUCAAGCAGAAUCUACUACUGAGGGAGUUACUUCCACUACCUCCGCCGACAAUGAAAAGACAACUAUAAUAAACGGUAUAAUUUACGGCUUUAGCAUUCCGAGAGAUGCGCCUUCUGAGUAUCCACCUCAAGUUAAUGUACAGGGGCUAAACAACGCCAAGACCUCCGCUGCGAAGAAUGGGCCGGUCAUGACGCAAGAGAAGGCACCUUUACCUUACAAACAUUGAAUUAGGUGAGAGAAACUAACUCCUACACGUUUUGUGAUAUUUUUAGAAUUAUGAACAAAAUAAUUUAUACUCCUAGGAGUCAUUUUAUGAAUGGCUGUUAGGUAUAUUUCCUUAAGACAUCCAAACCAGGACCUAAUAUUUGCAGAAGCAAAUAUAUUGGAUCCAAAUCAAUACUUUAAUUUCCUUUUUAUAAGUACUUAGCAGAUAAAUAAAACUAGCAUAUACAUCAAAAUUAUUUAUUUAAACAUUAACAUUAAGUAUAAAUUAUUCGGAAAAUGGAAUGAAAUUGUAAAUUAAAUAAAAAACCAUAACAUCUUAUUCUGUUGAAUAGCAUAAAUAUCAUUGAGCACUCACAUUGUGUCUUUUAAAAUUGCUAUCUAAUAAAACAUCAAAAAUGCUGCCUAAAAAUAAGAACAUACAUAUUGUAAGUAUUUAACUUUAUUUAUACCUAUAGUUUAAACUGUUUGAUAUUCAAAUGCUUUGUACUUUAAAUGUUAUGUUAAAUAAAAUAGUAUUAACAAUAUAUUGUUUUACUUAGAGUUUAAUCAUAAUUCUGGUGACAGGAAGGUACAUUCACUAGCUUGCUUAUUUAGUUAUUUUCUUCACUUCAAAUAAUUACAGUCAAUAAACACUGAUUGGGUUAAU